AACGACGUCACGAAAGUAAACAAGAGCAUGUCGCACAGACAGACUCAAGCUAGAGAAAUGAACGGUCAAGCGGACGUCGAAGUCGACUACAAGCGGAAAUACAAAAAUCUCAAACGAAAAUUAAAAUUUCUUGUUUAUGAGCAGGAAUGCUUUCAGGAGGAGCUGAGGAGAGCACAGAGGAAACUUCUCAAAGUCUCCAGAGACAAAAGCUUCCUUCUGGACCGAUUGCUACAGUAUGAGCGGGUAGAUGAAGACUCCUCAGAUUCAGAUGCAACGGUUUCUUCAGAAAACAGUGAAGGAGAGGGUCCCAGGGAGAGAGAAAGAGAACGAGAUGGAGCGAAGAAGCGAAGGAGUAGUCCUGGGGCAUGUCUUCCUUCAUCAUCGUCGCCUCAUCUCUCCCUGCUGUCCCGUCCAGGUGUAAAUCCCCUGCAGUCAUCAGGCUCAGGACCCUACCUCAACACUAUGCCCUUCCCACCCGAGUAUUUGGCUCCCCCAGCUGAACGAAUGAAGAAAGAGAGAAAAACAAAGACGACAAAAAACAAGAAAGAGACUACGGGGAAGGUUGUUGCCCCAAUGACGGCUAAUUACCCAUCAGCUCCUACGGCUCCUCCGGGAGCCAGUGGCCCCUUCAGCUGGGUUCCCAGACAGAUGCUCAGUGGAGACGCUGCUGAGGAGGAGGGGGAAAGUGACGGCGACAGCGACAGAGGAGAUGAAGACAGAGGGGAGGGAGACGAGGCUGAACUAGUCAUUGAUAUCCCUAAUGAGUGAACAUGAGUGUGUGUGUUUAGAUGUAUUUAUACGCAGAAGAUGCAGGAGCUGUGUGUGUGUGUGUGUGUGUGUGUGUGUGUGUGUGUGUGUGGGUGGGUGUGGGAGAGAAAGAAUGAAAGACAGAACCUGACUAAUGUAUUUUUGUGUUGACCAGUCCAUUCUUCAAUCUGAGAAGGUGGCAAAGCUCCCCCCAAUGGACAUUUGUUAAACUGCAGUAUCACUGUCAAAACAAUUUCCCAGAGAAAUGUGGUUUUCAAAUAUUAUGUUAGGAAUUUUAUCUGUGACAAAGGUACAGUUUGAAAGCUUUUAAGAAAGCUUCACUGUCGCUGUGAGGAUUGGAUACUUUAUUUCAAACACAGUUUCAAGCUUCCUGCUGAUCACCUUUUUUUGUUGAAACUGACUAACAAUGCUCAAACUGUGACUUCAGCUAGGUGUGUCCUCCACGCAGAUGUACUUGUUUUUUGCUUUGAAUUGUUUAACCACCAUCUAGUAUCUUAAAAUAACUGUAAUCCGAUGAAUUUGUCUUAGUGUGAUAUAGAUGUUUGGAGGUUUCAAAUGUUAAGUCGUCUUUGUUACAGACACAUUUGACACCUUUUGCCAUUUGUACUUAAACUAUGUUGAUAUGGUUUU